CUGCGCAGAGCUGAAACGCUGGACCCUGAGCUGGUUCGCAACGCAGCAAUGGGUGCUCCGGGGGGAAAGAUCAACCGGCCGCGAACGGAGCUGAAGAAGAAGCUGUUCAAGCGACGGCGGGUGUUGAACCGGGAGCGGCGACUGAAGCACCAGGUGGUCGGGGCUGUGAUAGACGAAGGGCUGAUCACGAGGCACCACCUCAAGAAGCGGGCGUCCAGUGCACGUGCCAACAUUACUCUGUCUGGGAAGAAGCGCAGAAAACUCCUCCAGCAGAUCCGGCUUGCCCAGAAAGAGAAAGCAGCCAUGGAAGUGGAAGUCCCCCUCAAGUCAGCCAGGACUAGUGAACCACAGCCCAAAUCAAAAAAGAAGACAAAAGCCCCCCAGGAUGUAGACAUGGAGGACCUUGAAGAUAAGAGCUAAAUCUCACACCCCUUCCACCAGAAGAUUCUCAACUGGAGCCAGGAGGACUCGAUGGUUAUUUCAGAGGACUUUGGAGAAAGCGUUGCUCCUUUUCACUGUCCCCAGAUUCCUCUUUCCUAAUGGCCUAGUGACCUGCCCUGGAGGGAUGUAUUGAGAGGAAGAGGGUAGAAAAGAAAGAUUGGAGAGGGAGUCCUAAGCAGUCAACUCCAUUUGUAAUAAAGCCCUAGCAUUCUCA